AUGGCUAUUGGAAACAACAUUCAAGGUGAAGGUGAAGAAGCCAUUGUAGCAAUGGAACAAGAGGAGAGCCAAGGGGUAGAUCAGUCAAUGUCUGGUUUCAAGAACUUUCUUUGGCAUGGUGGGUCUGUUUAUGAUGCGUGGUUUAGUUGUGCUUCGAACCAGGUGGCUCAAGUUUUGUUAACUUUGCCAUACUCUUUUUCGCAAUUGGGGAUGCUUUCGGGGAUUAUAUUUCAAGUGUUUUAUGGUUUGCUUGGGAGUUGGACUGCUUAUCUUAUAAGUGUUCUCUAUGUGGAGUAUAGAACAAGGAAGGAGAAAGAGAAUGUUAGCUUCAAGAAUCAUGUUAUACAGUGGUUUGAAGUAUUAGAUGGGCUAUUGGGACCACACUGGAAAGCCAUUGGGUUAGCCUUUAAUUGCACAUUUCUUCUAUUUGGCUCGGUUAUACAACUUAUAGCUUGUGCAAGCAAUAUAUAUUACAUAAAUGAUCAUCUUGACAAGAGGACAUGGACAUACAUAUUUGGAGCUUGUUGUGCUACAACAGUGUUUGUACCCUCUUUCCAUAACUAUAGAAUUUGGUCUUUUAUUGGGCUUGGAAUGACCACUUACACAGCUUGGUACAUAACAAUUGCAGCCUUCAUCCAUGGCCAGGAUGAAGGGGUUGUUCACUCGGGCCCUAAAAAGAUGGUUUUGUACUUCACUGGAGCAACGAAUAUACUUUAUACUUUUGGUGGACAUGCUGUCACAGUGGAGAUAAUGCAUGCUAUGUGGAGACCUCAAAAGUUCAAGUACAUUUAUUUAUUUGCAACAUUUUAUGUGUUCACACUUACACUUCCAUCGGCUAUUGCCAUGUAUUGGGCUUUUGGUGAUAAACUCCUUAGCCAUUCCAAUGCCCUCUCUCUCCUACCCCGGAAUGGAUUUCGUGAUGUCGCCGUUGUCCUCAUGCUCAUACACCAGUUCAUAACUUUUGGUUUUGCUUGUACACCACUUUACUUUGUGUGGGAAAAAGUGGUGGGAAUGCAUGACACAAAAAGCAUAUGUUUAAGGGCAUUAGCAAGGUUGCCCGUUGUCAUACCAAUAUGGUUUUUGGCCAUUAUCUUUCCUUUCUUUGGUCCAAUCAAUUCGGCUGUCGGGGCUCUCUUGGUUAGCUUCACUGUCUACAUCAUCCCCGCUCUUGCUCAUAUGCUCACUUAUCGAAAGGCUUCUGCUCGCCAGAAUGCGGUGGAGAAACCACCAUUUUUUCUUCCAAGCUGGACGGCUAUGUACAUGGUGAACAUUUUCAUUGUGGUGUGGAUUAUGGUGGUAGGAUUUGGAUUUGGAGGGUGGGCAAGUAUGACAAACUUUAUCAAACAAGUUGAUACCUUUGGGCUCUUUGCCAAGUGUUACCAGUGCAAGGCGGCACCACCAUCACCACCAGUUUCGCCAUCAUCAACACUACGUCACUGA